GCUAUAUACACCAAUAAUUAAGGUUGUGCAUUUACUUGCACCAAAAUUUCGUACUAAUGGUAGGAGCAAAGCAACAAGUCCACGUGAUCCUAGUCCAUGGAGCCUGCCACGGGGCAUGGUGUUGGUACAAGCUGAAGAAGCUGCUCGAGGCGGCCGGCCACCGUGUGACGGCCCUUGACCUUGCCGCCUCCGGCGUUGACAGGAGAAGUCUGCACGAGCUCCGGACAUUUGCCGACUACUCGCAGCCGCUAUUGGACCUGAUGGCCUCAAUUCCGCCGGAGGAGAAGGUGGUUCUGGUCGGACACAGUCUUGGUGGAAUAAAUCUGGGCCUUACGAUGAACAUGUACCCUGAGAAGAUUAAAGUUGCUGUUUUCCUAGCAGCUUUCAUGCCUGACAGCAUUCAUGCACCAUCUUACGUUUUGGACCAGUACUUGGAGAGAACUCCAGCUAAUGAGUGGUUAGACACCGAGUUCAAACCCUAUGGCCCCCGGGAGGAGAACCUAACAUCAAUGCUCUUCGGCCCCAACUUCAUCUCCUCCAAACUUUACAACAUGUGUUCUCCGCAGGAUGUGGAAUUAGCAAAUAUGUUGGUCAGGCCAAGUUCUUUAUUUCUUGAAGAUUUGUCAAAGAAGAGUGCAUUCUCAAAAGAAGGGUUUGGAUCAGUGAAGAGGGUUUACAUAGUGUGCCCGGAGGAUAUGGGCAUUCCCCUGAAUUUCCAGCGCUGGCUAGUUGCGACCAUUGGAGUGGACCAAGUGAAGGAAAUAGAGAACGCUGAUCACAUGGCUAUGCUCUCAAAGCCCCAACAGCUUUCCCAAUGUCUACUUGAGAUUAUUGCAAACUAUUAUGUCUAGUUCCUACUAAAACUGUGCCUUUUCCAAUUCCCAGAAUUAAUUAUGGUUGUCAUGAUUUGUCAAUGGCUAUAUAUAAUUGCAAGUACUGUACUACUGUUUGUUUUUUUUCAAAAUAAACUAACUCUCUCAGCUCUCA